AUGGCUCCUCUGUUUGCCUUGGCUCUCAUCUGGCCCGUGGCUGCUGAGAACUGCGUCGAUUCACCUGAGGUUGGUCUACUACAAACCCAGGUGGGUCUUCCGCAAGGUUUGAGUUCACUGGACUUGGCACGAGCGAAGAAGAUCGUUCCAGGGCCUCAAUUCUUAGCAGCACAUUCAGGACACUCCAAUGAGCUCUUGAACAAGCACCUGCUGCGAAUCAGUGCGGGUAAAGCCAAGAGAUGCGAGGACUUCGCCCAUCACGAGCUGGAUGGCGUUUUGGACAUCAUCGCUGCCAAGGCACAUGACGUGUUGCAGGGCAUCUACGAGACCAAUCAACAUCCAGGAGGUGAUGAGACUUGGAGAGAUCCACGUGGAAGAGAAGGGGCUUCCUUGGGUGACACUGCGGAGCUUGACUUGCUGGAAUCCAAAAUCCCUGCCGAUCUCUUGGACAUGGCCAAGUUGGAGAAGAAGUGCUAUGAUGCCGCGAUGGCUUUCACCCACAGCGUGCCUGACAAAGACAAGAAGGAAAUUCUGAUCAACCACCUUGUUCCCUUGCUACCUGUACGGCCUGUGCAUGAGACAAACUCUCUUUUGCAACAGGGCGCUGCUCUAGCAGAUGGGAAAAAGAUCUUUGAUUCUGCGUGUGCAAAUUGUCACAGCGGUGGCGUGGACGCCCUUGAGACCUUUAAGGACAACGUGGACAUCGUGACCAACGGCAAGGGCUCAAUGCCUGCCUCUGCCGACAAGUUGUCCAAGAAGGAGAUUGAGGAGGUCGCGCAAUAUGUCAUGGAUCAAAGUGAAAAGGGUUGGUGA